AUGAAGCAAGACGUGAGGCAAGCCGAGAACCAAGUCGAAAACCAAAGCCAAGAUCCAAGCACAGAACCAAUGCAAGAACCAAGAGCCAAGAACCAAGCCGAGAACCGAAUCAAAAUGGCAAGCCAAAAACCGGAGCCGAGAAUCAAGCCGAGAACCGAAGCCAAAAACCAGAGCCGAGAACCGAACCAAAAUGCCAAGCCAAAGACCAGAGCCGAGAACCGAACCAAAAACCGGAGCCGAGAACCGAACCAAAAACCAGAGCCAAGAACCGAAGCCGAGAACCGAAGCCAAAAACCGGAGCCGAGAACCGAACCAAAAUGCCAAGCCAAAAACCAGAGCCGAAAACCGAACCAAAAUAUCAAGACAAAAUCCAGAGCCGAGAACCGAACCAAAAACCGAAGCCAAGAACCGGAGCCGAGAAGCAAGACGCGAAGCAAGGCCGCGCCGCGUCUUUGA